GCUCGUAGAUUGAUGAGUUGAAAAAAAUACAAGCGUGAAGGAAAUGGAAGGAGUGUUACGAUGUCGGGUUGUUGUUUUUUAAAGAGCUGACAGCUAUGUAAAAAUGCCUGAGUUUGUACAAAACUGAGAGGCUUAAUCGGUUGCCAACCACAUAUGUGUUCGAGGAGGUCAGAGGAACGUUAAAUAUCAUAACAAGUAGAGCUGCAACGACUGGUUGAUGAAUUGAUCAUGUCAGCAAUCAAGAUUGCCCUGCAGCAAAGCCAGAAGAGAGACAGAAGGAAAGCCUCUGAAGCAAUGUCUUCAGAUGUGUCGCCAGACUCCAAGUGUCCCAUCUGUUUGGACAUAUUUAACAACAUUUCUUACCUGGACCUCUGCCUGCACAAGUUCUGUUUCCGUUGCAUUCACGAGUGGUCCAAGAACAAAGCCGAGUGUCCCCUAUGCAAACAACCAUUUAAUUCAAUCUAUCACAGUAUAAAAUCAGAGCAAGACUUUAAGAAGUAUGACCUGCAGCCUCUGGAUAAUGGCUCUUUUGGGACUUUUGGUGGAGUGCGGUUCAGAUACCGCACAACUCUUACUGGAAUCCAUCGACAGAUGCGGGGAAGGACCUCUUCACCCCCAGACAAUGGAGUAAUAUUUGAAUCCUCAACAAAUGCUCCCCAACAGCUGCAGGACCGUUACAUCCGGCGCAUGAUGAUGAGACUGGCAGCCAGGAGGAGAGCUGCGAAUGAAGGGAGGGCAGUGAACAGUGUCAGAGAGCAGGAAAUGGUAAACUUCAGGAGGGAGCUGUACCGACGAGGGGUGAGGGUUCGAAGUAUCCGUGAUGGUGGCCGCUCCCGAGAUGUCUCAGCUGAGUUUUUUCGAAGAAACCCUGCCUGCUUACACAGACUGGUCCCCUGGCUAAAAAGAGAACUCAUUGUGCUAUAUGGGGCCCAUGGCUCUUUGGUCAACAUAGUUCAGCACAUUAUCAUGACGCGCAUUACACGUUAUGACAUGGAGGAUGGAGCUGUUCAGGAAGAGCUCCGGCCGUUCCUCCAGGGGCGUACAGAGCACUUUUUGCAUGAGUUCAUCAGCUUUGCAAAAUCUCCAUUCAAUAUGGAGGCCUAUGACCAGCAUGCUGUCUACGACUGCCCUGCCCCUUCCUCUAAUGAAGGCAGCAGCUCCAACUCAUCUGUUAUAGCUAUCUCAGAGGAUGAGGAACGCUCAGCGGAGCUGGACCCCCCAGGAGACUCCACGUCAACUCUGAGCCACUCUGUGUGGGAUGAUGAGACACCUGGACCUUCAUAUUCUACGACAGCAGAACAAAGCAGGCCAGAAUGUCUUUCAGUCCUUGACUCAGAUUCAGACUCAGACAGCAGUUUAGAGGAGGAGACACGAGAGUUUGGGGCUUGUCCAGAGCAAAUGGGUCCUCCUAACCAAACAAAUAUGCCUGAAGGUGACGUUAACAAAGAAGAGUGUUUGACUUCUGACAGCGAUGACUGUGUCAUUGUAGGUUUUGUUAAGCCAACAGCAGAGAGGACCCCUGAACUGGUUAAGCUCUCCUCUGACGAAUCAGCCAACGAAGAUACUAAAGAAGUGCCUCUUCUACCUCAACACAUCCGUUUCUCCAGUCUCAGUCCCAUAGCUUCUCAGAGUAGUGAUCCAAGUGGGGCCGGACGGUUGGAUGACGCGGAAACAGACCACCAUCGUUCAAAAGAAAAAUGUAGCUCUUCAACAUCUAGGAGGCACAAGACGUCCAGUAAAUCAGACAGAAAAGACAAAUAUAGAAGAUUUGACAGUAAUGAUAGUUCUAGAGAGAGGCACUGGUCAAAGGACAGAGACCACAGGAGGAGGAGGAGGUCAAGAAGUGGAGAGCGCUGGUACUCGAACAGGAGCCCGGCGAGAGAAAAGAGUCAUUCUUACUCCAGUGGCAGAGACUUCUACUCAAAAUGUGACAGAGGCAGGGAUGGUGAUCACAGCUAUCAGUCAUAUAGGCAUUACAGCCAAGAGAGAAGUGACAGUGGGAUGAGGUCCUACUAUUACAGUAGUCGCAAGUACUCAAACCAACGCUUGAACUCUCGCUCCAGGAGCCGCAGCAGGGACUCACUGAGACGAGACAGGAGGCAUUCCAGAUCUAGGACUUAUUCCAGCAGUUGCUCCCCUUCCACGAAAAAAAGAUCUCACCACGAUAAGCCAGGUGGAAAGAGGAAAUACAAAACAAGACAUUUGGAGGAACCAUCGGAAAACACAUUUCGCAACUCGAAUGCUGAACGUGAAUCCCCUACGUUCCUAACGAAACACAAGAAGAAGAGCAAAGAGAGGCACCGUAAGAAAUCCAAGGACAGGUCAAGAAAAACUAGCAGGAGCCUCAGUGUCGAGCUUGUCAAUGAGGAGAACACUAAUGAGCGAAGCAGGCGUCAUCAUAAAAAAAAGAAAAAACACAAGAAGAAAAGCAAAAGGCACAAGAGCAACGAAUGCAGAGAGAAGGGUACACCCACCGUUAUUACCAUUGACAGUGACAGUGAUUCUUUUGCUCAUGACAGUGUCACUCAGGCCAGCAGCACCAACAAGGACACGCCCAUCAACAAUAUCACAGAUGACCCAGUAGAUCCUGCCCCUCCCUACUCUGAUGUGUAGUUAUAUGGAAGUUCAGAUUCCCACUAUGUGCGGUGCGGAAUGAUUGAUUCACCCUCAGCUGCUAGUGCUUGCCGGCAGUAUUUUAAGAUCAAAACAAAUGCUCAAUGUGUUGAAGGUCACCAGAUCUUGAAGGACACAUUGACUACCCUUGAUUGAUCCCUUUAGUUAAGUGUUUUCUGUGCUAACGGUUCAUUGGACACUGGUUUAUAUGACAAACACAAAUAUUUGUGUUGAACAGGAGGGCAGUCAUCAUUGGAUAAAUCACCGUUUGAGACCAUCGAGGUGUAACUUCUUGACUUUGUAAACUAACACCUGAAACAAUCCUUUUUUUCAUGCAAAGUGCCACUAUGAACAAGGCAGAGUGGAUGAAUAUUGGGAGUUGCACAUCUUUCAAUGAGUCAUUUCUUAUUCUGGAAAUUAAUUUUCUUUAAUGGAUGUAUGUUAUUUCUAAGGUGCUCUCAGGGAUAAUGUUGAUUACAUUGAGUCUUUUUUUUAAUAAGUCCGCUAUAUUCUUGAGACAACAAUUUCUACCUGCUGCUCAUGGAGUAGUACUUAUGGAUUUCAGAAUGGGCUGUUUUGUAUUGCAUUUUAUUUAAAAUAAAUUGUAAUGAGCAACUGUG